ACACACAUAUAUACUAUAUAUAUACAUAUGAUUCAGCCGCUUCCCUUUUUGAAACAAACCCACUUUACAUAACCCAUCAAAGUGGCUAAUCAUGGGGUGUUUCUUCGCGUGUUUCAACAACUCAAAGAAUCGAAAAUCUCGAAAACUACAGGAUAAAGUUUCCUCUGGAAAUCAAAGUCAAGAAGAACCCCAUGAAGCUCUCCAACCCACCAAUAACAACUCCUCUAAUCUCAUCAUAGAGCCCAAAUCAGAGCAUGAGGAGCUAUCAGACACAAGUACAAAAAAGAAAGUAACUUUUGAUUUGAAUGUCGAAACCGACAAGGAAUUGUCAUCCCAAGAACCCCAAUGUUGCUUGGCGGAGAGUAAAUUUGAGAGAGAGAGAGGGAACAAAGAAGAAACACAAAAUGAAAGGCAGAUCCUUCUGGGUUCAAAUGUGUCAAUUAGGGCAUAUGAUCCUCCAAAUCAUGGGUACCACAAUUGCACUAGCAGUGAUGAUGAAUGCGUGGACAUGGAUUUGGAAGAAAGUGACUCAGAUGGACCACAUGGUCAUGAAAAUGAUAAUAGUGAUCAAGCAUUAUUAGUCCAAGAGGAGGAGUCUUCCGAGUCCUUAUUUUCCAUCUCAAUUGGGAAACGAAAUUCUGCAGCUGAAAUGGGCAGCAAGGAAGUCAAUAGUCCGAUAACAAUCCGCGAUUCGAUUGAAGAGGGAUUGAACUCUGUUGGGUUGAAUCAACAUGUUUUGCCUGCAGCUGAAGUGGGCAGUGAGGGAGUCAAUAGUCCGAUAACAAUCCGCGAUUCACCUGAGGAAUUGACGCCAGUUGGGUUGAAUCAGAGUGGUAGAAACAAAAGCCAACAGCAUGUUUUGUCUGCAGCUGAAAUGUGCAGUGAGGAAGUCAAUAGUCCGAUAACAAUCCGCGAUUCGAUUGAAGAGGGGUUGAACUUUGUUGGGUUGAAUCAACAUGUUUUGUCUGCAGCUGAAAUGGGCAGUGAGGGAGUCAAUAGUCCGAUAACAAUCCGCGAUUCGCCUGAGGAAUUGAGGCCAGUUGGGUUGAAUCAUAGUGGUAGAAACAAAAGCCAACAACAUGUGUUGUCUGCAGCUGAAAUGGGCAGUGAGGAAGUCAAUAGUCCGAUAACAAUCCGCGAUUUGCCCGAGGGAUUGAGGCUAGUUGGGUUGAAUCAAAGUGGAAGAAGCAAAAGCCAACAACAUGUUUUGUUGUCUGUGUUGAGUCCAGUGGAGAAUCUUACUCAAUGGAAAGUGGUCAAAGCCAAAACAACCACCCCACCACUAGAGCACCAAGAUAAGGAGAAUAUAACAUACACACAGCAUGAACUGAACAUACCUUCAAGUGAAGAGCCUAGUUUCAGGCUGCAAAUUCACAAAUCCAGGCGACGAUCCAAGAGCACGAAGCCAGAAGACGAAAUUGCAGUUGACACAAGCUUGUCUAGCUGGUUGGUUGAGUCUGAAUUGACAGAGACUGCCCAGAAAAGUCUAAACUCUAUUGGGACUUCAUCAGCUGAGAGAGCGAAUUCAGCAGUAAGUUUUGAAGAUAGACCAAUUUUAGGAGCAAUGACUGUUGAUGAGCUGAAGAAAUUAUCUGAAUUUUCGUCUCCAAGACAGUCACCAAGACGACAUUGUAGCCCGGAUGAAAUGCCCAUCAUUGGUACUGUUGGGAGCUACUGGAGUCAUACAGGGCAUACCGUGGACUCGGAGUCAAGCUCGUGCUCAUCUUCCAGAGGAAUGUCAUACACAUCAAAGAAAUACAGAGAGGUAUGAUAAAUGCAGUGAGAUUUUGUGGUUUUGUGAUUUGUGGGUACUGAGACAUUGUUUUGGUUUUUGCUGGGAAAUAGAGUUAAGCGCCAGUCUACACCAUUUGAGACAAGGUUGGAGAGGGCUUUGGAUAGUGGUAUUGCUGAAGUUUAGCACAUUUGGUACAAGACGUGUGUGGUUUAGGAGAGUGUUGGUACUCUUUGUUUUAGACUUUUUUUUUUAUUUGGGUAAAUCUCUUUGUUUUAGACUUGACUCUUCUGAACCUUUUUUUUGUGGAUACUUUUGUUUUAACUGUUAUGCAAUUCAAUGGUGAUAUUAUUCAUGGGACAAAAAUCUGGUUAUUAAUUGUAUUUAAUGGUUAAUAGAAAUGAACUAAGCAUAGGUACAAAUAAAUGUAUAGUGAGAGAUGAAAUGAUUUAGGAGAGUGUUGGUACUCUUUGUUUUAGACUUUUUUUUUUUUUUGGGUAAAUCUCUUUGUUUUAGACUUGACUCUUCUGAACCUUUUUUUUGUGGAUACUUUUGUUUUAACU